AUGCAAUCGUCCAGAACCCCCCGACCAAAACCCUCCAAUUGGCCUCCUCAAUCCUCCCACACCGUCCUGAUCCGCAAUCUCCAAUUAUUGGAGCUCGACCAGCUCGAAGACUGGCCGGGCAUCACACUACGCACUCUCUCACCCUCAUCCCAGAACCAACGCCAGCGCAUCAAGUCUGUUGAGUGGAUUCUGUAUCGUUUGGUCGCACUUUGGGAUCCAGAGACUGCUCGCGAUAAACUUCGCCCCUUUUUCCCACCACUAGAACCUCUUCAGUCCGUCAAUCUACGAGCUGCCCUCUUCCGUGUAUUGUCCGAUCUGAAGAAGAAUGGAGAUCUGGGCCGCGAAAGCAUCUUGCGCAAGUCCAUGUUGGACGAUUGCAAAGGCGAGAAAUUCGACGAAAUCCUAGCUGUCUUCUCUACCAAUGUGCUACGGAGAAGAGCGCAGGACCGAAACCCUGCUAUUGACCUCUCGCUCGCUUCCGGCCUAACUCAGCAGGAGUAUCCCCUUCUGCUACCGUUGAUCCUUGCUCAUAGAGCUUCGCUGAGCACCCUCGGUGAGCGCCGUGGCCGUGUUCGCGACACCCAUGAGAAGUUCUCGCAGCUUCUGGAUAGGAAGAAGGAUGAAAUCCAGGCCCGGUCCACGUCUGACAACCAUGCCAUACAGAUACAGGAGGGUGACCUGGAGGCUCUCGCCCGGGAGACGAAGGCGAAUUGGCAAGGAAGUGUGGAGUGGGCCGAUGCUUUACUUUACGGAGGCCUUAGCAGCAGUCGCGACGCCUUUUUAGAGCUGCCGUUUGAUAAUGCCUGGUCCCAGGCAAAGGCUUCCACAAUUGAUGACCUCCAAACUACCUCGACUCGCCCUGACUUGGUCCUGGACCUCGAGAACCGCAUCUCACGACAGCGAGCACGUCUACAGAGAUGGCAUCAGUAUUCUGCUUCGCUCAAGCAUUCAGGAGUGGCAUCUCCAUCCAAGCCUGCGGACACGAAGAAGACCCCUCAAUUGCUUUUCCGUGACCACCAGGCCCUCACUGUUGCCAGUAUAUCAAAAGCGGUGCGACAACCUGUAAAUCGAGGACCUCCAACAGCCGGCGACCAGCACAUCCUGCACUCCAUCUCUGAAGCAAUGGAGCGCAUCAAUGGCCCUUCAACACAGCAACAGGCCUUGCCAAUGACUGUCCGUAAGUCCGAGCCCGAGAUAGAAGCCGAAGCCGAACCCAAUCCGAAGGUAUCAAGGCCGAUUCUAUCCAUCACAAGACCGGAGUUAUUCGAACCACCUGCCGAACCCACCACAUAUGAGUACACCGAGGAAGAAUUGUCCAAGCGUCAACCUAGAGAAACAUUCACCCUCACCGAACGCACCCGCAAGUCUAUGUCCUUUUUCGAGGGAAUACCCGAAAGUCCACCCCAGGCCGAACCCGAAUCUCCUCCCACCGAACAGCGUUCAGAAACAACCCCCGAGGAGGAAGAACAGCCUAGAGAAACCUACACCCUCGCCGAACGCACUCGCAAAUCCAUGUCCCUACUUCCUCCACCUCGCGACCCCCCGCGUCCUCGGCGAUCUCGCAAAUCCCGCGUCUCUUUUCCGGUGAACCAAUUCGAAACACCUCCCAAGACAUCUUCUACUGCCAAUGAUUUCCCCAGCCGCGCAUCAACGCCGCGGGACGAGUUAUUUGAGGAGCAGGCUGACUACGCAAGUGUAUUCAAGUCCAGACCGCGAAUUGCAUUGAGUCCUGUUGCGUCGCCCGCCGUGCAUGUCAGUCCAAUUGGGAACUUUGAACUCAGCGCGGACGCGUAUGAGGACUCGGGGGAUGAUCGUGCCGAGGGGGAUUUGGAGUAUGUUACCACGGAGUCACCUUCGCGGUCUAGGGGAAGAUGGUGA